AUGACCUUUCACCUUGUUCCGCUCCAAAGCUUACCCUCCAGCAAAGUCAAACGCCUAAGAACUUGUCCCACCUUGCCUAAUUUCUAUGUAUCGAUUGAAGGAUGGAGAUUUGAUAAGACAUUACGUACCGCGCUCUACAUCAUAGAAUUGGGCGUUCUAUAUGAUGAUGGCGUAAUGAUUUACCGUAGCGAGCAUAGAUAUUCGGAGCUCUACAAGCUGCAUAAAGCUCUUUCAAAAUCAAAUGACAUCUACUCAGCUUUUCCACCUAAGAAGCUUUUUGGAUCCAAAGAUGUUGAGUUUAUCAGUGAACGAUACCAGCAGCUUUGGUCCUACUUUGACAAAGUUUCAGAAAUUCGACAUAUUGACCAGGUUCCAGAGUUUAACAGUUGCUUUAAAUUCUCUGAACUUAAGCAUAAAUGGCACUGUGCUUCACAUGUCAUUAAUCUAACCCAUUGA